AUGGAGAAAUCUCGCCUGCGCGUGAUUAUAUGGAAUGAAUUCAAACGCGGAAAUACUGCGGCAGAAACCUUCAGAAUCAUAAACGAAAAUGAGGGUAAGAAUGUUGUGAGUUAUUCUACGGUGACCAGAUGGUUCGCAAAGUUUCGUGUGGACGAUGAGAAGCUUGAAGACAAACCACGUGCAGGAAGACCCAGCAAACUUGACAAAGAUGCCCUGAGGCGCAAGAUUGAAGAUGACCCACAUAUUACAAUCCGGGAGUUAGAAGAGUUACUAAACUGUGGAAAAAGUACCAUUGAUGAUCAUUUGAAGGCAAUGGGUAUGGUCAAAAAGUUGGACAAAUGGGUGCCUCACAAUUUGACUGAUCUGCAAAAAGCCAAGAGACGGUGUGCUUCCGAAAAGCUUCUGCAACGCUGCAAAAACGAAGAAUUCUUGGAUCGAAUUGUAACUAUUGACGAGAAGUGGAUCUCGUUUAACAAUACUAGAAGAUCUACAAGUUGGUGUAAGCGUGGAGAAGCUCCUAAGCCCGUUCCGAAGCCAGAAUUGCACGAAAAGAAGCUUAUGGUGACUGUCUGGUGGUGUAGCUCUGGAGUGAUCCAGUACGAUUUCAUGAAACCUGGCCAAAGUAUUACGGCCGACACCUACUGUGCCCAGAUUGACAAACUGCGGCACAAUCUUCCAACAAUGGUCAGAAGGAGGGGUCCGAUCAUUCUGCAGGAUAACGCACGGCCCCAUGCUGCAAAGAAGACCGUGGCAAAAUUCAGGGAACUGGGAUACGAAGUCUUGGAGCGCCCUCCUUAUUCUCCAGACUUGGCUCCAACGGACUUUCACCUUUUUAAACACUUGUCUUCGUUUCUUAAUGGAAGAAUCUUCAAAACUCCGGACGAUGCCAAGAAUGCCUUCAAGAACUUCAUCAACUCCAGAAACCCGGAAUUCUACAAUCGUGGAAUAAAAAAGCUUGUAAAUCGUUGGCAAGACUGUAUUGAUUCAGACGGUAAUUACUUUGAUUGA